AUGGCCGACUCGCACUACCCGGGCGAGCGUAUCUCCUACGACGAUGCCCUGUGCACUGUCCGCUACAUUGGCGAGGUCGCUGGCGCGACUGGUGCCUGGCUCGGCGUCGAAUGGGACGACGGCACCCGCGGCAAACACGAUGGCUCGCACAAGGGGCUAAUCCGACCUCCAGGCACAUCCGAGUCGCCCACCGCCGCCUCGUUUGUGCGGCCAACGCGACCUGCAGACGCCCGUGUGAGCUUUGUGGCCGCGCUCAAGGCCAAGUACGUGGAGGAGGAGUCCGAGGCGAGUGGCGUGCCCGACUCGCAGAUCCGCUUCGCGGGCAAGAUCGCCGAGGAGGUGGGCUUCGACAAGGUGCGCCGCCAGAUGGCGCAGCUGGACGAGCUCAAGAUGGCCAUCCUCGACGGCGUACACAUGGCCCUGGCGCACCAGGCUGGCGAGCCGACGGUCGCGCAGGUGAGCCCGAAGCUCGCGCACAUUGACAUUAGCCGGAACUUGUUUGAGGAUCUGGGCCCAGUUGUAGACAUCUGCAAAGACUUGCCCGGUCUGAAGAAACUAGCCAUCAACUUCACCACAGUUUCCGACCUCGCCAGCCUCACAUCCCUCACCGCCCUGCGCAACGUCUACCUCAAGGGCAACAACAUCCGCACUCUGUCAUCCGAAGAGACGCCCUGUCCGGUCUUUCCCAAAUCCUUGCAAUACAUCGAUCUGUCCUACAACCAGGUCGAAGGCUGGGAUUUCAUCGACAGCCUCAGCACGCACUUUCCAGGGCUGACGGCGCUCCGCAUCAGCCAUAACCCCGUCUACGACGUCCGCGCAGCGCACAACGCGCCGACGGCGACCGCGGACGAGGCGCACAUGUUCACCAUUGCGCGCAUCGGGCCGCUGCAGACGCUCAACUUUUCGCAGGUCACGGCCAACGACCGCAGCAACGCCGAGAUGUUUUACCUCGGGCGCAUCGCCAAGCAGCUCGCCGCGGUGCCCGAGGCCGCGGCGGCGACGGUGCUGGUGGAGCACCCGCGCUACGAGGCGCUGUGCGAGCUGUACGGCGCGCCCGACGUGGUGCGCGCCCACGAGGUGAAUCCGACGUUCCUCGAGGCGCGCCUGGUGACGCUCGCGCUGCGUUGCGCUGGCCGCGCGGACAGGACGGCGCGCAUCCCGCGGGCCUCGGACGUGUACACGGUCAAGGCCCGCGUGGCGAGGCUCUACGGGCUGUCGCCGCUCCGGCUCCGGCUGGUCUGGGAGACGGGCGAGUGGGAUCCCGUGGCCAGGAGGGGCGGCGACGGCGACGGCGACACGUCGGACGAGGAGGAUGAUGAUGAGGUGGUGGCCAUCCGGGUCGGCGAGGGGGCGACCGAGGAUACGUAUGGAGAGAAGCUGGCGGAUGCGCAGCCGGGGAGGUGGGUGAAGCGCGAGGUUGAGCUGCGCGACGGGCCACGACAGCUGGGAUAUUGGGUGGAUGGCCUGGAGGCAAAGGUGCGAGUAGAACCACUCUGA